AUGUGGCGGCCACUCACAGGCGCUUUUUCUUACAAGAGUGCCCCAAGCUCUGGUCUUGCCGUGCAGGAGUGGACGACGGUGCUGCUUGAUGCAAGCUCAAGCUAUGCCGUUUAUGAUGCAUUUCGUGGAGUCGCUAGCGCUUUUCAGCAAAUUCGUUUUGCCAAUUUUCCGGUGAAUGUCCGGGGAGCCAUACGAGUCAAUGCUGACGAUACGAAGCUUUUUCUGUUCACGCCAAAUCGUGUCUACCUCUACAAAAUUGGCUCUCCUGGUAAUGAGGUGGUGGAGAACGAUAGGCCACUGAGUGAAUGGCUCAAAUGU